UGGUGUAGUACUGAACUAGUUCGUUUGAACUGAACGCAAAAAUGAAAUGACUGUUAAGAAACUGUUAAUGUUGCUGUAAGCAAUCACAAUGUGCGGUCGAACUUGUUUAACGCUUGAUCCGGAUCAGGUACUAUGCGCAUGCAAAUACCCUUCCCGAAAUAAUAUAAAAGUAGAAGAGCAAAUCAAACAGGAAUCCGAAACACCCGAAUGGCGCGCAGAGUUUAAUUUGGGAAGGCGAUAUCAACCCUCAUAUAACAUUGCGCCCACGGAUAUAACACCCGUUAUUGUAUCCGCGGCGCAUUUCAGUGAAGCGGAUGAUCAACAAAAUGCACGAGUUGUCGUACCUAUGAUGUGGGGCAUGAUCCCUAGCUGGCAUAAGGGCGACUAUCGUAAACAUGGAUUAACCACAAACAACUGCCGAUUGGAGCAUUUGAUGGACUCCAAACUGUAUCGUGGCCCCUUCAAGCGUGGCCAACGCUGUGUUGUGAUAUGUGAGGGCUUUUACGAAUGGCAAACCACAAAAUCGGCUAAGCCAUCGGAGCGUGAGGCAUAUUUGGUCUACGUGCCGCAGGAGUCGGAGGUGAAGAUCUAUGACAAGAACACCUGGUCACCGGCGAAUGUGAAACUAUUGCGUAUGGCUGGCUUAUUCGAUGUGUGGCAGGACGAGAGCGGCGAUAAGAUGUAUAGUUACAGUAUCAUUACAUUCCAAUCUAGCGAAAUUAUGUCCUGGAUGCACUAUCGCAUGCCAGCGAUUCUCGAAACGGAACAGCAAAUGAAUGACUGGCUGAAUUUUAAGCAUGUAAGUGACGCUCAAGCUUUGGCUGCACUUCGCCCUGCUACAUCCUUGAAGUGGCAUCGGGUUGCUAAAUGUGUCAACAAUUCGCGCAAUAAAAGCGAUGAAUGCAAUAAACCACUUGAAUUGGCGGCCAAGCCGGAAAAGCCAAAAGGUAUGUUGGCCUGGCUAACUGGAAACAAGUCACAGCAUCAGCAUCAGCAAGACAAUGUCAAGUCCAGCGCAGAGGAGCAACCCCAGCAAAAGGCAAAUCUCAACACCAUUAAACGCAGUCCAUCUUCACCUCAUGUACAAAACGCCGCCAAGCGGCCGCGUUGUGAAAAGAGCGCCGAUAUUAAGGUCAAAUCGGAGCCCACUGACAGCGUUCAACUGUAAAAUGAACACUUGUAGCAUUAAUGAAAGCAUCAGUUAAAGUUUUUCUUUAUAGUAUUUAAAAUUUAUUUGCAUUAAAAACCAAAAGUUUUGUUCUCAUUACCCAAUUCUAUAAUAUAAGUAUGUAUAUAGCAUUUUCUUUUUUGCUUAAUUACAAAGGCUUAGCGUAUAAAAAUUGAUUUAAAUUUGUUGUUCUCUUCAUUUGCUUGCCAUGCGCUUUAUUCGCUAAUUUGUAUGUUAAAACUAUGAAAUGUUAUAUGGAAAUAGUAUGUAUGUAAUACGUCAAUUUGGAGCUGCCGUUUUAUUUGAUCCGCGCCUGUUAGCCAAACUUUUAAGAGUUAAGCUUGCACUUUUUACCAAAUCUGUCAAAAAAAAAAUGGAAAUUAAGCAAUUAUUGUUUUCAGUAUUUGCACUUGAACUGCUUUUCCGCAUGAAAAAUACGUAGCAAAAACUGAGCAACAACAAAACAUUGGUGUCAAUGUUGCAAAGCAAUGAGCGAGUGUGCUAACGUGUGGGUGAUGAAGAUGAAGAGCGCGGCCGACAGUUUAUAUGCAGUAGUGUGUGUGCAAGUGCUUACAAUUAGAAUUGU